AUGUGCUUUAAUCCAAUUUUUUGGUACAUGUGUGAUGAUUUCCAGAAGACCGGCUGCGAAAAACCCACAUGUCGUGAUAACAUACUUGAACUUAACUCUAAUGCCGUCAAGGGAUGGAAUUCAUUAUCCGUGAACAUCAAGAAGAAAUAUGCCCAUCGUGCCAAGGAAGAAUUUGCAUCAUACACUGGAUCCACGGUAGGCGACCACGUGUUGGAGGUGAUCUUGACUAAAAGUAUUCUCCGUGGAAAUGUGUUGACAUUUUCGUACGCCCGAUAUAAUGGCAUUGUAAUUCAUCCCAACUGUCCGAAGAAUAGUAGUGCUGGAGCCGAUUGGUUUACAAAUUUCAUGAAAAGCCAUCCUCGGUUAACACUUAGAAAGCCGGAAGGAACUAGCAUAGCGAGAGCCGGGGCCCCAAACAAUCCAGUAAUGGAGAACUUUUACGACCAAGUUGAGGUCUUGAACAAGAAAUACGAUUUCACAGAUGAUGAAAUUUUCAACAUAAACGAAACGAACGAUCCUACUGUUUUAGAUUCCGAGAAAGUUAUUGUUGAAACAGGAACACAUAUGGUUUAUUCCAAAAAAGGUUCAGAAAGAGGAAUCAAUGUUACAAUGUUCCCAAUGUUUAGUUCUUCUGGAAAAUUUUAUCCAGGUGUUUUAAAUACCCAAGAAUGAAAGUGUCUCAACAAAUGAAGGACACAGUUCCGCACGGAUGGCUUCCGUUGGCAAAUAAAUACGGGUGGAUGGAUAAAGGUUGUUUUCUUCUUGUAUUGAAGCACCUAAGGAGUCAGAUUUUUGGUUCGCCUACAAAGCCAGUCUUGGUGUUUGUUGAUGGUCACAGCUUUCAUGUUAGAUAUUCUGUUGUGAUGUAUUGCAAAGAACAAGGAAUAAAUAAUACUUCAAACAUUACCUCCCCACAUAUCUCAUGGUUCUCAAACUUUCUAUGGCCCGUUCAGAAGAUAUCUUAAGCAGGGCCAUGAUGAAUUUAUGCGAAGGAAUCCAGGCAAGGCUAUUACAAUUUAUGACGUCCCAAUCAUCUCAAAGUUAGUCAUCGAGAAAGCUUUUCCCGAACACACCAUCAAAAAAUGAUUUUCUUCUACUGGAAUUUUCCCACUUAAUC